CAAGCCCAGCUGAUAACGCCGCAUCAUUCACAGUUUGAAUUCGUGUGUAGAAUUUUUGGGUUCAGUUCUAAGUCGGUCGUUGGAGAUAGUAGUCAUCCAGCAUGCAUACAAUCCGUUUGCUCAUUUCAGUGGCGUUGCUAGUGACGGCGGUGCACAGCUACAAGGUACUCUUUCUGGUUCCAUUCACUGGACCUAGCCACUGGUUAAUGCUGAAACACUUUAUCCGGGAGCUGACGGAACGGGGCAAUGAGGUAACGUGCUUGACGAGUUUCAAAUUCGGUGAACCACUGGGUAACUAUACGGAAGUGCUGAUUGAUCCGGCCUAUCCCAUUCGGGAAAAAUUUCCUCUUUCGACGAUAUUUGAAACGAAAAGUUACAACAAUGACUUCAACAAUCUGUUUCUGUACUGGAGGAUGGGACUGGAAACGAGUCGUCACGGUUUGGAGAACGAUCACGUGCAGGCAUUUCUGAAGCGCGAUGACUUGCAAUUUGACCUGGUAGUGUCCGAGCAAUUCUUCCAGGAAAGUUGGCUCAUGUUCGCCUACAAGUAUAACGCACCGAUCGUCACCAUCAGUACCUACGGAUAUUCGGACUUUAUGGACCGAGCUAUGGGAAUUCUGACUCCGUGGUCUUAUGUACCGCACAUGAUACUGGAUUACGAAGAUCAGAUGAACUUUUUCCAGCGGGCCUACAACGUGUUUCUAUCUACGCUGGACUAUGUCAUCCGCGAGUAUCACUACCUUCCGGAGCAAAACAAACUGGCGAAAGAGUUCUUCGGUGAGCUCGAACAACAGCGAGGACCGUUACCUUCCGUUCAAGCCUUGGAGAAGUCCAUUUCUGUAAUUCUCAUUAACAGUCAUCCAACACUGGCCAAACCACGCCCGUCCAUGCCCGGGCUCGUGGACGUCGCUGGUGCCCAUAUUCGGCCCAACAAGCCUCUUCCGGAUGACCUACAACGUUUCAUGGAUGAAGCCGAACAUGGAGUGAUCUACUUUUCGCUCGGAGCGUACCUGCAGAGUUCGGAGAUGCCUGUCGAGAAGCGGACAAGUUUGCUCAAUGUCUUUUCAAAGCUCAAACAACGGGUGGUGUGGAAGUUUGAAACCGACAAUCUCAAAAAUGUGCCGAAGAACGUCAUGAUUCGCAAAUGGGCUCCACAGAAUGACAUCCUGGCGCACAAGAACGUAAUUCUGUUCAUUUCGCACGGCGGUCAAUUUGGAACCUUUGAGUCCAUGUACAACGGCGUUCCGACUCUUUUCAUGCCAUUCUUCGGAGACCAACACCGGAAUGCACUUAGAGCCGUCCGUAGUGGGUAUGCGCGGAAGAUACUGUUUGUGGAUAUAACCGAGGAGCUGCUGUCGAACGAGAUUAUGGAAAUGAUCGAAAACCGGAGCUACUUCAAACGGGCCAAAGAGAUUGCCACAUUGUUCCGGGACACAAUAGUGGAUCCGAUGGGUGAAUCGAUGUUCUGGAUGGACUACGUGGUUCGGCAUAAGGGAGCACCACAUUUGAAGUCCAAUGCGGUUAACCUUUCGAUCGUGCAAUAUUUGCUGCUGGAUGUGCUGGGUGUCGUGUUACUUACGGUGGUAAUUUUGCUAUGUAUGGUUAAGGCAUGCUGCUGCCGAAAGACCAGGAAAAUCAGUGCUAAGCAGAAAAAGCAGUAGAUUUUACUGGGAAGAUGGCGAUGAUGGCAAUAUAAGCAACAGAUGGAUAAGGAAUUGCGUUUUUUUAAUAUCCACAAAGUAACCAAUAAAUAACUACAACU